GGCUACAAGACAGCAACCGGUCCUAUCUCCAACAUGAGACAAUCACACAUUUUCCUUUUGACGGUCGUCAUUCCUGUAAUUUUCUCAAAGGAAAAUUCAACGAGAGGGAAGCACUGUGUGUGUGAGCUACAAAAUGCUGAUCCUGCUUUCCCUGAGAAUAAACUAAAUAACGUGGAGUUCAGUGCUAUUCAGUGCUCUAGAAACAUCACUUCAGAAAAGAUAACAGAGAUUGACAGGCUGAUGUUGGGUCUACAACAUCGGAUCCGGCAGCUUCUGGACAAUGUGUCCAUGCUGGAAAAAGAAGACAAUGGAAAUCUGUACGCAGCCGUGUCUCUACGCAUUAUUGAAUUAGAGUUAGCCGAGAUUCAAGAACUUAUGGACAAACUCAACAGAACCACUAACGAUUACCAGCAGCAAGGUUUACAGACUGCUGCAAAGUUUCAUGACAUGACAGAAACGAUGGCGGAGCUGGAGAAGUUUGAUAACUUGCAGAUAAUUGCGAAAGAGCGUGAGAACGAGAUUAUUAAGAGGGAUUUGGAACGGUGCAAUGAAGAGCUCAAUGGUACAUCACAACCCCCUACACUUUCCCCAGGUCACUGUGGCUUGGGCCGCAUGGUCAAUGUAUCAGGGCCUAAAACGUAUUCCCUUACAGAGUUCGGAACAUCCUACCCUUAUGGUGCUUGGGGUCGAGAUGCAAAUCCUACUCCAGGAAAUGAGAACAAGUACUGGCUGGUGGUGCUGACAAGUAGUAAUGUAUAUGGCAACUUUAUCCGCCAGUACAAUAGUUUAAGUACUAUUAUAUUAGGUAUAGAAUCAACAGAUACAUACAUAUCAAGCUCCAAUCCCACAACAAACACAAUUCAGGGGUCAAACAUGGUCAUGUAUGCCAAUGCUCUCUACUAUAACUGUUACUAUACAUACUCUGUUUGUCAGUUCAACUUGACAACUCAAUCUGUCAGUACUGUGGCUUUACCUAGUGAUACAGGUUACAAUAACAAGUUUCCAUUCGGACACCUCGACAACACAUACAGCUAUACUGAUAUGGAUUUUACCACAGAUGAAUCAGGCGUCUAUGUUAUAUAUGCAACCACAAGCAACUUUGGAAAUGUGGUUAUCAGUAAAGUCGAGACUAGUAAUCCACCAGUUUUUGGCCAAACAUGGUCCACUUCUCUUCACAAAAAGUCUGUGACAAACACCUUCAUGGUGUGCGGUGUGCUUUAUGCUACACGUUACCUGGACAAAGAGACAGAACAGAUUUUUUACUCUUAUGACACAAAAACAAAUAUAGAGCGCUAUGAUUUGGAAUUUAAUAUCACGAAAAGACAGACUAAUAUUCAGUUUCUUAACUAUGACUCCAGAGAUCAUUUACUGUAUGUCUACAGUGAUGCCUACAUUGUAUCUUAUGAGAUUGUCUUUCAGUAAGUCUCCAAUGAACUACAUCUGAUUGGCUGUACUUAUAUUCCAUAAUCCGCUGUAUUACACAUACUGUCUGCUCUUAAUAGUAUGCAAUAUUAGAAUUGCUGCAUUGCAAAUGAUUUUGUUGAAAAUGCUAUCCCAAAGGUACACAUACAGUAGAUAGUACAUUUUCAAAGUGUGGUUUUUAAACAUAUACCAGGUAAUGAACCAAGAUGAAUUCAGACAACAUAAUCAAUAUGAUUUAAGACAUGCUUAUAGUUACAUGCAAACACUAACAAGGUAUAAGUGGUAUCAGAACAGUUAUACUGUAUUGUGUCCAAUUACUAGUUUCCUGUCUUUAAAUAUUUUCAAAUUCAGUAUUUACAAUAUUUACCAUCACCAGUUAAGUAUGAAUCAUUCUGAUUCUGAUUCUGAUUCUGAUGUCAAUUUACUGUAAAUAAAUAUGAUUUUACAUGUUUUGAAUGUUAAAACUGGUUGUUUUGUGGAGGAAAACCAUGUGUUUAUUAUAUGUACUACACAUUUUGGUUAAUGAAAUAAAAUCUUCUACUGAUGGAUAACCAAAGCUUACAACCAUGAA